AUACCCUUAUGAGAAAACCUUCUAUCAUACAAACUAGAAGAAAACACUCAAUCCUCAAAAUCAUGACAACAUCUCAAACUUCUCCACUACUUCUUCCCAAAUAUUUACAAGAGGAUGAUCUAAGUGAAGAGUGUAAGAAAUUACUCUCUGUACUACCCAAAGAAAAAGGAUGGAUUGAAUCAAAUCUCUACAAAUACCAAGGGUUUUGGAUAGAAUCAAGAAUUCUUCAAGGUGUGAUUUCAUGUCAACAACAAUUUCAAGCUCAAGAUAGUGAUAUCAUCCUUGUUACAAAUCCUAAAUCAGGAACCACUUGGUUAAAAUCACUUUUAUUUGCCCUAAUAAAUCGAAAGAAAUAUCCUAUUUUUGAACAAAAUCACCCUUUACUUGUCAAAAACCCUCAUGAUCUUGUGCCAUCCUUGGAAUUUAGACUCUAUGCUGAUGGUCAUGACCCUAAUUUGUCAUCCUCCACUUCACCUAGACUCUUGUCAACUCAUUUGCCAUUUACUUCAUUACCAAAUUUUGUUCAAGAUUCAAGAACCAAACUCGUUUACUUAUGUAGAAAUCCUAGGGACACUUUUAUUUCUAUGUGGCAUUUUGCAAACAAUUUAAGACUUCAUCAUAAAGAUACCACUACCAUUGAAGAAAUGUUUGAUUUUUUUUGUGAAGGGGUGGUGCCUUUUGGUCCAUUUUGGAAUCACGUGUUGGAUUAUUGGAAACAAAGCAUAGAAAAGCCUAAUAAAGUACUUUUCUUAAUGUAUGAAGAAAUUAAAGUGCAACCCAAACUUCAGCUUAAACGCUUGGCUGAAUUCUUGAAAUGUCCAUUUUCUAUAGAAGAAGAAAAUCAAGGAGUGGUGGAUCAAAUAUUAAGAAUGUGUAGCUUUGAGAAUUUGAGUAAUUUGGAAGUGAAUAAAAAUGGAAAAUCGUCAUCCAUUGGAAUAGAAUAUAAAGUGUUCUUUCGUAAAGGGGAAAUUGGAGACUGGAAGAAUUAUUUUACUAAAGAGAUGAGUGCGAAACUCAACCAUAUUAUUGAACAAAAGUUGGAAGGAUCUGGAUUGAGGUUUUUGUACAUUUGAUUAGGCAUUAAUAUGCUUAUGCCAAUGGAAUGGAAUUAUUUGUUUUGAAAGUCAAUGUUGAAGUAGUUCUAUUUGUGAUUAAUGUAACGAGUUAACAUAUGAAAUUGCCCCCAAAUAAAUUUUCUUUGGUAUGUAUGUUGAUUUGAUCACAAUCCAUUGCUUUCCUUUAAAUCUGAUACUGGAUUUUGGGGGUGCAAUUGACAAGAUUGAAGUUCUGUUUCUGUUUGAGUAUGCUAAUGAUUUCAAUUUUGGUUUA